AUGGCUUUUAAUUCAAUUAUUAAUCAAAGAGGCAUAGAUUAUAAGAUGAAUCUGACUGGAAAAGAUUUUUUUUACCUUGACGUCUCUGAACCAUUUAAUACACAACAUUUAAAUUGGCAAGACUUAACAAGCAUAAAUACAGUUCCUGCACAUAUUGGUGCAGCAUCCGUCAGGGGUGGAGCAAAUAAUGAAAGCUUGUUUUUAUAUGGAGGAAUAUAUGAUACUAAUAAAGAUGAAAUGUCUUUAGUUUAUGAAUUUGAUACUCGAAGAAAUACAUGGUUACCACAAGUAAUUAGUGGUAAUGCUAUUAGAAAAGAUAGCUUAAAAGGCAUUGUUGAUUAUAAUGGCAAAAUGUAUUUGUUCGGAGGACAUUCUAAGGACGGAACUCAUUAUAACGAUAUGAUUAUUUUGGAUACAAUAAAAUUGAAUUGGGAGGUGGGAAGUUUGAUCAAUGCGCCUUCUCCAAGAUCUGUUUAUGGUGCAACGUUAUUAUCAAAUCAACAAAUUAUUUAUUUAGGUAGGUAA